UACAAGAUUCAUCUUGGACUGUGGCGUAGUAUACAUUGAGUCUUGCACAUGUUUCAAUUGGUUACCCUAACAUAACUUUUUAAUUGUACCAAAAUAGAUUGAACAAUUUUUCUCAGAAGGAAGUAAAAACUGUUUAAUUGCAGUUCAGCAUUGAUUACAGUUGGUUAAAGUUUAAAUUAGAUCAAAAAUGACGAUAAAUAUGUCCCAAUCAAAGGCAACACCAAUAGCAGUAACUGGCUUAGCUGGACGAUUCCCUCAAUCGGAUAAUGUUGAAGAGCUGUGGGAUCAUCUGUUGAAUGGUCGAGUCCUUUAUCAGUCAGACGAUUUUCCUUAUCCGAAAAUUUUCAAUAAGACGCCAAAAUCAAGAGGAGCUCUAAAAGACACAUCUCACUUUGAUAGUGACUUUUUUGGCUAUGACCGUAAAUCUGCUAAUUUUCUUGACCCACAAUUACGUAUUUUAUUGGAGGUUGUUUAUGAAGCUCUUUGGGAUGCAGGUAUUCCACCGGAGACUUGGUAUGGCUCUAGAACCGGCUUCUAUUUGGGGUCAUCCUUUGAAGAAACCGGGCUAACUGUUCGCUCCCCGGACCAAUCUGUUGAGCUUAUUCAACAUUUCCCAUCUCGAGUUUCAUAUCAUUUCAAUUGGAAAGGACCAAGUAUGAUUAUUGAUACUGCCUGUGCAUCAAGUUUAAACGCAUUGACUGAAGCGUACAGUGGACUCAUUAAUGGAACCUGUGAUCAAGCAAUUGUGGCUGGAAUUUGUUUGCAUUUAAAGCCCAAUGUGACAAUUUGCUUUAGUGAACUAGAAAUGUUGUCCAAAUCGGGAAAAUCUCGAUGUCUUGACACCUCAGCUGAUGGUUAUAUACGAUCUGAGGCAAUUGUAGCCAUUGUAUUACAACGUGAGAAUCUAUCUAAUCGAGUUUAUGGUAAAGUAAUUGGAUUUGCUGCAAGCUCAGAUGGUUACACCAAAGAGGGAAUUACUUAUCCAUCUCGAGAAGUUCAAAUAAAUACAAUGAAAUUGGCUUUGAAUCGUAGCUCAAUCAAUCCAAUGUCUGUUGAAUACGUUGAAGGCCAUGUAACAGGUACAUCAGUUGGUGAUCCUAUUGAAACAGCGGCCAUUGUGAAAGCCUAUAGAUCAACAAACACAGAGUCACCGUUAAUCAUUGGUUGUCUAAAGGGUAACAUUGGACAUACCGAGGCAUCAGCAGGUGUUUGCGCAUUAAUAAAGGCCCUCAAAAUAUUCCAAAACAGUUUAAUUCCAAUGAAUGUGGGAAUGGAAGUAGUUAAUCCAAGGAUCGAAUCACUUCGUGAUGGACAAUUGAUAACACCAAGGACUAAUUUGCCCUGGAAUGGUAACAUUAUUGGUGUUAAUGCUUUUGGUUUUGGAGGUUCAAAUACACAUUGUUUAAUUACUGCAUCAGACAAAAGGCAUCCAGUUGACAAUCAAGUACCUAAAAAUUCCAGAAGAUUGAUUUGUUUUUGUAAUCGAACUGAGAAAGGACUUAGAAAAAUGUCGCAUUCUAUACAAAAUCAAUGCAGAUCAAAUGAAUAUUUAGCUUUGAUUGAUAAAAUCGCUAUUGGGACAACAAUUGAAAGUGGAAUGUAUUGGCGUGGUUUCUCGAUCCUUAGAUUUGACUCUAAUACUGAUAAAACUACUCUGACUGACCUUACAACUAACUACUCAACCCAUCGUUUACCGAUAGUCAUGUUUUUCGACCAAGUGACUUCUGAUUUGCCCGACUUAAAUUCUGAUUAUGAUCCAGUAAAUGUCUUUUUGGAUCGUAAAGUCGAAACCUGUUAUGAUUAUUUAAAGAAACAAGGAUACCAAAGGAAAUACAUCGAGGAAAAUUCAUCAAUCGUUUUAGUUAUUCAUCAAUUGGCUUGGGCUGAUCUACUUGUUAAUGAUUUGAAAAUUCAACCCGAUUUAGUUGCUGGUUAUUCAUUGGGUUCGAUUGCUGCUUCCUUUGCUGCCAAACAAUCUACUUGGAAUAAUUGUCUAUCGAAAUUGGCUGAUAAUAUUAGACUUCAAGCAAAGCCCUCUAAAAGCAAUCACACAUUUAGAAAUAAAUUUGAAUCCGAAUUGAGCAAAAUGAGAUUUAAUGAUCUAGUCAAUUGCUAUAAGAAUAUGGCUGAUUCAGAUGUCUACAUUUAUCUUGACAGAACAAUUGACCAAGUUGAAACCAGUGAAUUGGUUUUUUUAAAUAUUUCAUCUUCCAUAACACAUAAUCAAAUCUCUUUAGAUUCAAAGGCAGAAAAUAUAAUAGCUAAUUACAAUGUUUAUAGUGAUAUCUUGGUCAUUUUAGGCGAAAUUUAUGCUUCUGGAACCAAUCUUAAUCUAAGUAUCUUCAACAAUCAACAAUUUCCAGUUAGUUCCAGUUGUCCCAGUCUUGGUCAUCUAAUUGAAUGGGAUCAUAAGCAAACAUUUGAUACUAUUGUUUAUCCUGAUUUUUUUCGCGACUCAUUUCACACAGUCCAUCGAGUUGACUUAAUGGACCCAGAAUUUUCAGAUUUAGCCGGUUAUUCAAUUGAAAAUGAACUCAUUUGUCCCAUAUCAUGUUACAUUUGGAUCAUUUGGGAUCACUUGGUUAAAUUACGUUGUACUGAUCAACGUCAUCGGUACAAUUCGUUUGAACUACGCUCGUUGAAAGUGAUAAAAUUGGUUAACUUGAGUGAACCAGUCGAGUUUAGAGUCACAUCUAAUCCUGACACUGGAGAGUUUGCAAUUAAAUAUGCUGCCGAUUAUUGUCCAAUUGUAACUGGAUUUGCCAAAAUUAUUGAUAAAAAUACAUUCGACUAUUCAUCUUAUCUCACAACCAACACUGAAAACUCCACUGAUGAACCAAUUAUUUUAACGUCUGAAGAGGUUUAUGCCGAUCUGCUUAUUAGAGGCCUGAGCUCGGAUGAAUCCUUCAAAAGUAUUACCUCUUUCAACUCAAGCCAAUCUCAAGCAACAAUCAAAUUUGAUGGCCAUUGGAUAACCUUUUUUGAAUCAAUAUUAAUUUCGCCACUUAUUCUAGAUUCAUAUGAUUCAAUAAUGGCUCGCCCAGUUCAACUGGAUUGGUUCAGAUGUGAUCCAUUGAUUCUUAAUGAAAGCUUAAAAAAUCUCAAAAGAUCUGGUUCAGAAAUAAAUGCGUUUACUUUCCAACUAGAUGUUGAUGCACAGAUAAUUGCGACUAAAGGUUUAAUUACUACAUUUCCUAAUUACCAACAAGUUCCUAACACUACGGGCCACCCUGAACUUCAUUAUCGACAUCAAGUUUUUCUACCUCUUAACUGUCAAUUACAUUCACAGUCAGAGUUGAAUAACAAUCAGCUAAGUUUAGUUGAAAGGAUUGAUUAUCUUUUAAGUCUGGUGGAAUCAAAAAAUAAGAAAAAGCAGAUUGACUAUUCGCCAUAUGAUAAAGAUUCAACUUUACUUAAAACAAUUUCUUCAAUAAUUAACUCUGGAAAUACAGCGAUCAAUCCAGAGACGAUUUCCAAUAUUGAUUGUGCAUUUGAAAGAGAAAUGACUUCAAAGAAUUGUGGUGAUUUGUUGCAUAUUCAUUUAGGAUUGUUUGAAGAAAAUAGUCCAUCCACCGGAAUGAUAAACAUUUACCAAGUUGGAAGGGUUAAUGCUUACUCUUACGAUUCCAAUUGUGAUCUUACCUUCAGAAAGAUUCGUAGUAAUUACACAUUCGAGUUACAGCAGACAGUCAAACCUGAUUCACUUUCUUCAGCUGAUUUAGUUAUUUACAAUCAUUCAUCGCUUGGUUUAUCUAUAAAUGAAGUCAACAUUGAUGACGAAUGUGCAUUUCUAUCAAAUUUCAAUUCUCUUUCUGUAUCAAGUUUCCUAUUAAUUUUAAUGAGGGAAGAAAAGUACUCAUUUGAAGAUGCCUUAUGCAAAUUGGUUUCUGGUGUUAAGUCAAAAAAUCAAAUUUCAAGCAAGCGUUUGGUGGAUCAUUUGCUUCAAAACGAUUUUAUUGUUAUUUCCGAGCACACAACUAACAAUGGAUGUCCAAUCAAAUCAAUAAUAUUGAGAAAAGUCCAGCCAAAUAGCUUAUCCACCACCGAAACAAAAAUCCUUUACAUUUCUGAGCGAACAUUUGAUUGGGUUGACAAAUUGAAAAGUCUAGUAGAUGAUUCUGAUGAUAAAAUAUGGUUAAUAUCUAAUGGUUGUUACCGAACGGGUUUGGUUGGACUUGCUUCGUCUCUAAAAGAAGAAUCAUUUGGUCAUAGAAUCAGAGCAAUUCUUGCUGUUGACUUCGAUCAUGCAAGAGAUGCACAAAUUUUCAACGAACUGAGAAACAAGGAUUUGAUAAUAAAUGUUAGACGAUUAGCAAAUGGUCCAUGGGGAACUUACAGACACAUCGAGUUGAAUCCUCAUGAUCAAGUAAUUGUCCGUGACGAUUCAGCAUAUUUGACUUGGACAAGUGAAAAAAAUAUCAAUUCAUUAGCAUCAACAGAAGCACCAGUUUUAUCAUGGUACCGUUCACCUCCAACUAAUGAUGAUAUCCAUGUUUUAGUUCAUUAUUCAACAUUUAAUUAUCUGGACAAGUUGAUUGGGAAAAGCAGAGAUUCAACAUUAAUUCCCAAAAGUCAAAGAGUAGGCUGGGAAUUUUCUGGUUAUUCAUUGAAGACUCAAAAAAGGGUUAUGGGUGUUUGCGAAGGGAAUGGAGCCACUGGUGCUUUAACUAGUGAUUCAAUAAUUUUUCAAUUUGAUGUUCCUGAUAAUUGGCCCCUAGAAUCAGCUGUUACCACGCCAAUCCCUUAUUUAUUGGCUUAUUAUUGUCUUAAUGUUUUGUCUUCAAUCAAACCAUCAUUUAAAGUCUUCAUUAAUGGAACUUCGGAUGGAAUCGAAAUUGCAAUUAUCUCACUUUGUCUAUCCAUUAAUUGCCAAGUAUUUAUUCAAUUAAACUCGCCUUCUGAUGAGAAAACGUUUCGUGAAUUGUUUCCUUCUUUAAGAGACGAGAACUUUAUUCAUGCCAACCAAUAUGACCUGGACAAUCAUUUAUUACAAUUAACCCCAGGAACUGGGGUCGAUAUUGCAAUCAACACAGGAUCAAGUAAAAUACUCCAGUUUCUUCCAAAUUGCUGUUCUUUUGGUGGAAAAAUUAUCCAGAUUGGAUCAAUUGACGAAAGUUAUGCUCUUCAAAUAAAUGAUCAAUUGGUACAAAAAUGUGGAUCACUGGCAUCAUUUAAUCCUUUUGAUUUAUUUAGGAAUCUGUUGAAUGAUAAAAAUUUGGCUAAAUUAAAAGACAAACUUGCUAAUUUAUUCAAUGAUGGACUUUUGAAUAAUAAAAUUUACCCUUUACCAGCUGUAAUCAUAAAUCGAACUGAAGUAAUUACGAAAGGUCUGGAAAUUUUGAAUAACAAAAGUAUAAUUGAAAGAUUUGUUAUUGCAAUUCGAGAUGAAGUAAAUGCUAAGCCAAUUACAGUGAGAUGUAUUGCAAAAACUUACUUCAAUUCAAAAAAGUGCUAUAUUCUGAUCGGAGGAUUAGGAGGAAUCGGAUUACAAUUAACCAAAUGGAUGGUUAGCAGAGGAGCCAAGAAUAUUAUAAUUACUUCUCGCAAUGGAAUCACCAAACAAUAUCAACGUUUCAUAAUUUCUCGAUUAAAAUCUCUUCAAUUUAACCCAAAUAGUGAUAAUUGUACCUUAUGCAAGUCAUCAGAUUCAUCUGGAGCAAACAUUGUUAUCAUCAAUGAACCAACCAGCGAUGAAGACUCUUGCGCUAAAAUAAUCAAAGAAUCAAUUGAAAAUUAUGGACCAAUUGGUGGUAUAUUUAAUUUAGCAGGGAUUCUUAAGAGCGGAUUGCUUGAGAACCAAACCUCUGAAACAUUCAUGGAAGUCUGUUUACCUAAAAUUGAAGUGACGGAACAUUUUGACAAAUUAUCAAGAUUACAUUGUCCACAAUUGGAUUAUUUCGUCUGUUUCUCGUCAAUUUCAGCCUUAGGAAUUCUUGGUGAACCCAAUUAUGGUUAUGCCAAUUCUUAUAUGGAUAGGUUGUGUGAAGAGCGAAGAUCUCAUGGUUUACCAGGAACAGCAAUCCAAUGGGGAGCCGUUGGAGAUGUCGGUAUGGCUCGACGUUUAAUUACCGGUUCAACGGCUUCCAUUGCAGGUUCAGCUGGUCGACGAGUUCUUGGUGUUAUUGAUGACUUGGACAAAUUUUUACAAUUACCUUAUUCAGUAUGUUAUGCUGUACAGCAUGCAACCAAACAAGAACACACUGUUUCUGGUAAAGGUAACAUACUUCAACGGAUUGGACAUAUUUUAGGUUGUCAAAGCUUGGACAAAUUGGAUGGUAACACAACACUUGGCUCUCUUGGUUUAGAUUCAUUACAAGCAAUUGAAGUGAAAACUCUGAUUGAUACAACUUGUAAUGUUAAUUUAUCCAACAUUGCUAUUCUUAAAUUAACCAUUUCUGAAGUGGAUAAAUUGGCAACUGAUAGCAAUCAAAUGGCACCUGAAAAUGAUUUAGACAAAAGGAGUAUCGAAGAGCAAACGUUAAUCAACUUGACGGAUAAAGGAACUGAACCCAUAUUUUUCUUUCCUCCAGCCUUUUUUGAUUUUCUAUCAAUGAUGCCAGUUGCUGAAGCUUUAAACAGGACUGUGGUUGGUGUUCAAUUGACGGAAAAGGUUCGUUCUUUGGGAACAUUCAAGCAAAUUUCCAACUUCUAUGCAGAAACCAUAUUAGCCGCUUAUCCAAAUUUAAAAAGAUAUGAUUUUGUUGGUUAUUCCUUUGGUUGUACUGUUGCUUUUGAAUUGGCAAAAGUGUUACAAGAAAUGAUUGGGAAAUCUCGAGUUGAUCGGAUUGUAUUUAUUGAUGCUUCGCCUUAUGGUUUGAAAAGGUUGGGACAAAAAACCAUGAAAAUGGUGCUUGCUGGUAUUCCUAGUUGGGAAAUAUUCAUUUCUAUAAUGCAGUUCAUGGGUGUUAGAAUUGACGAGAAAACUAAAAGAUUAUUAGAGGAAUCUGAAGAUGACGAGUUCAUGUAUCAAGAAGUUGUCACACAAACCCUGAUUGAUGCUGGAAUGAAUGGUCCCACUGAUUCGUUGAUUGACAAUGCUGCCGGAAUGAUUGACAGAACUUAUUAUCUUGGAUCAAUGGAGGAUUUAGGGACAUUUGAUGGCGAUGCUUUGUUUAUUCAAGUUAUAAAUAAAGCAGUUGUAUCGAGCGGUACAAGUUCACUUGUUAAUGAAGGUCUCCCUAAGAUUAUCAAAGGUGCUUUGAAAAAAGUCAUGUUCAAUGCAACUCAUUUUGAUGUACUCAAAGUUUACGCUCGGGAAGUAGCUGCUGAAAUUGAAAAGAUUAUGCCAUGAUCAAGAAUUUGGAUUUUUUACUUGAUGUACAAAGAUUAUUAUUGAAUAAUUCUGGUAAUUUUGGAUAGACUAGUUAAUCGAAGAUUGGAUUCUUUCUUUUUCAGUUUUGUGUUCAAUAAAUUUAACUUAAAAUGAAGAUUUAA